ACCUGCAUAAACUGCAUGUUUUCCCCGCAUCACAGGCGAAUCGCUGCUGCGAUCGCGGGAUCGCCACAGCUGAUGCUGUGCGGGGGGGUUGUCCCUACAGUGGGCCCCAGGGAACCGGCACAGCCGCCGUCUUCAAAACUCGUCAAAAAAAUACAAAACGGGUCGAAACGUUAGACGACGUGAUGCGCUACACGAACGCGACGACAUCUGAUCGAAACCGCCUCUGAUAACCCUCCCCGAAUUCGAUUGGAGAACACCUUGAACACCAAGGACCCUCGCUCGGGCCGCCGCCGAGAUGGCUGCGACGAUCGCAAGAAUCCCGUCGGAACCUCGUUACAUAGACACCUUUUUCCACAAGUACGCGCUUUCCGUGGCCGCCGCGGCCGUCGCAGAAACAGUGACGUAUCCUCUCGACAUUGUCAAGACACGACUCCAGGUCCAAGGAGAAAUGGCAGCCAAGGGCCAUCCGGUCGAUCGCCGAGGGUUCUUCAAGACCGCGUCGGGCAUAGUGAAAGAAGAAGGGCUGGUGAAACUCUGGAAGGGCCUGCCGCCGGCCAUUUAUCGACAUCUGAUCUACAGUGGUUGCCGGAUGAAUUUCUACGAAGGGAUGAGAGACCGCUUCCUCAAACCAAAGGACGGCACUCGAGCUCCUCUCUGGAAGUGUGUCCUGGUGGGAGUCCUGGCUGGAGGACUGGGCCAGUUCCUGGCCAGUCCGACAGACCUGGUCAAGGUGCAGAUGCAGACGGAAGGACGCCGGGCACUCAUGGGACUGCCGCCCAGGGUAACAAACACGUGGCAGGCCCUGCGGAGGAUCGCGUCCGAAGGUGGCAUCCGCGGGCUCUGGAAAGGCACGACUCCCAAUGUCUACCGAGCCGCCCUUGUCAACCUAGGAGACCUGACGACAUACGACACGGGAAAACGACUGCUGCUGCAGCACACGAACCUCAAUGACAACUACUUCACUCAUUCACUCGCCAGUGGGAUGUCUGGGCUCGUUGCUGCCACGCUCGGAACACCGGCAGACGUCAUUCGAACGAGGGUCAUGAACCAGCCGACAGACGACAAGGGACGGGGGCUCCACUACAAGUCGCCGCUGGACUGUCUGCUGAGGACCGUGCGGGGCGAGGGUUUCAGGGCACUCUACAAGGGCUUCGUCCCCAUAUGGGCACGAAUGGCACCAUGGUCUUUCACGUUUUGGGUCACUUACGAAGAGUUCCGACGGUUUGCGGGCGUGGCUUCGUUUUAAACAAGACUAAACAACUAGUUUACAAAAAGUAUAAUUUUACAGUUCGCGUUACAUCGAAUCAAACGACACCCGACGUGCGGUUGCGCUCGUAAUCAAAGAGCCGCCGGUGCCGUAACUUUUUGUUUCAACUCGAUGAUAAAUAGUUUUCUUUCAUUGCUUCUUCAUCUCAAUACUGCCGUCUAAUUGUUUAAGCGCUCGAUCCCUCUGACUGUGAUAAUCCACGUCGACGCCCUUCCUCUUUCGGCAAGGAGACCCAUUCUGUUCCCGGGGAAAAAACGGCAAUUAACGAGAAAAGAAACGCGUGUUUGCAGAUUGUAUUUAUGUACGAGCCAUAUAGGCAUUUGUUAUUUUUUUAGAGUUUCUACUCGGCCUGGCGCAACGUUACGCAUAAUCGAGCACGUUUUGGUUGCAUGAUUUCUGCGACGGAGUUGGCAAGCGACGGCUGCGAACGACUCCGGUGCCGUCCAUGGCACACAACCUGUUUUCCCCACGCAUUUGAAAUCGUGAAGGUACGAUGAAAUUAAAUAUACGUAAGUAAAAUUUUAACGCCGGCGUGCCGUGUCGGUCACCGACCAGCCGCUUUUGGAGAUGCAAACACUGAAUAAAAUUUCGUGUGAUCAUG